AGCGAGGCCGGGCGCAGCGGGCGCGGCAGGGCUGAGCUGUGGGCGAUGGGGACCCGGCGUCCCAGGCCUCGCCGGCGCCCCCGGCAGCCGACAUGAGCCCCUGCGGGCCCCUCAACCUGAGCCUGGCCGGCGAGGCGACCACGUGCACGGUGCCCGGGGUCCCCAACGCGUCGGCCGCGCCGCCGUCGGGGGGUUCGGGCGCUUCCCCGGCGCUGCCCAUCUUCUCCAUGACGCUGGGCGCGGCGUCCAACGUGCUGGCGCUGGCACUGCUGGCGCAGGCCGCGGGCCGCCUGCGGCGCCGCCGCUCGGCCGCCACCUUCCUGCUCUUCGCCGCCAGCCUGCUGGCCACCGACCUGGCCGGCCACGUGAUCCCGGGCGCGCUAGUGCUGCGUCUGUACGCGGCGGGCCGAGCGCCGGCCGGCGGCGCCUGCCACUUCCUGGGCGGCUGUAUGGUUUUCUUUGGCCUCUGCCCGCUGCUGCUGGGCUGCGGGAUGGCCGUGGAGCGCUGCGUGGGCGUCACGCGGCCACUGCUGCACGCGGCACGCGUCUCGGUGGCCCGCGCGCGCCUGGCGCUGGCCGCCCUGGCCGCCGUGGCCUUGGCCGUGGCGCUGCUGCCGUUGGCGCGCGUGGGCCGCUACGAGCUGCAGUACCCAGGCACCUGGUGCUUCAUCGGCCUGGGGCCCCCCGGCGGCUGGCGCCAGGCGCUGCUCGCCGGCCUCUUCGCCGGCCUCGGCUUGGCCGCGCUGCUCGCCGCCCUCGUGUGCAACACGCUCAGCGGCCUGGCCCUGCUGCGCGCCCGCUGGCGCCGCCGCCUCAGCUCCCGAGGGCUCCCCCAGGCCGCGGGCCCCGACAGCCGCCGGCGCUGGGGCGCACGUGGAACGCGCUCGGCCUCCGCCUCGUCCGCCUCGUCCAUCGCUUCUGCCUCCGCCGCCUUCCGCGGCUCCCGGAGCGGCGGUUCGGCGCGCCGGGCCCGCGAGCACGACGUGGAGAUGAUGGGCCAGCUGUUGGGCAUUACGGCGGUCUCGUGCAUCUGCUGGAGCCCACUGCUGGUUUUGGUGGCGCUGGCCGUGGGUGGCUGGAGCCCCAGUUCCCUACAGAGGCCGCUGUUCUUGGCCGUGCGCUUGGCCUCCUGGAACCAGAUCCUGGACCCUUGGGUGUACAUCCUGCUGCGCCAGGCUGUGCUGCGCCAACUGUUUCGCCUCCUGCCCCCGAGGGCGGGUGCCAAGGGCGGCCGCGCAGAGCUGGGUCUCACCCGGAGCGCCUGGGAGGUCAGCUCGCUGCGCAGCUCCCGCCACAGUGGCCUCAGCCACUUCUGAGCGCCCCCAGAGGCCCAAUCGGUUAAGUGAGGCCACCCUGGGCCGGGUGGCACGUGCAAAGCGCCCAACCUUUGCGGGGGGAGGGGGAGGAAUGAAGCUACCGGUGGGCCCCUGGGUCCGUGAGUCCCAUCCGAGCCGCAGCAUCUACUGUUGGCCGCUAGGGGCGGCAGAGGCACCGCAAGCGCCGAUUGGACGAGUGCAGUUCCCAGACUUGCCACGCGAGGGCGGAGAGACACCUGACGCUCCUCAGUCGAGGGGGAGGGUCCCCAGGGUGGGAAGCCAGAGCAGCAGGUGCAUGUGCACAACAGCACUGCCGCGGCCCUGGGGCUGGGGCUCCGUGGGCGGGGUGGAGGGUUUG